CCCCCUGGCACCGACCCUCCAAGGCCCCCCGGCACCAACCCUCCAGGGCCCUCCAGCACGACUCAAAUUCCUCCUGACAACACUGAUCCUUGUGAAACCAAAUCCUGUGUAGGUGGUUCUUCAUGUGUUCGUCUAAAAAAUGAAUCCUUUUGCCUGUGUGUAGAAGGGUAUUAUUAUAACAAAAAUAGCAUGUGCGAUAGAGGAAAACUAUUCCCUGGAUCAGUUCAAACACCAGAAGUAAAAAACUGGAAUGAUAAAACUUCUGAGGACUACCAAAAUUUACAUUUUACCAUUACUAACUUUUUUGCAAAUACAUUUAAGAAUACUGAUUAUGGUCAGACUGUAAUAACUAAAGUAAGCUCACUUUCAGAAGCAAGAUAUGGCAUUCGUACUGGUGCCAGUAAUCUUAAAGUAUCAGUAGUAAAUAUUUUUGCAGAAACUACAACACAAAAUGAGACAACUGUGUAUAACAUAAUUAAAAAUUCAAUGGCCAACUCAAACAUUGCCAACUAUGAUUCACAAAGUCUAUGUGACUAUUAUGGUUGUGUUAAGAAUAAAGAUAACUGCAACAAUGGCUUACAAUGUCAGUGCCAAGAUGGCCUGGAGAGACCUAAUCCACAAGUCCCUUUCUGUGUUGCUACUGUUCCUGCUGUAUGUUCUUCUGGCUGCUCCUCAAAAUAUCAUAAGCAAUGUAUAAUCAAGAGUAACACAGCUGAAUGCAUGUGCCUGGCGGGUUAUGAAAGAGAUGGCCGAGGGGACUGCCAAAAGUGUGCGACUGGCUACAGCGGAGUCAACUGUCAAGACUCAUUCCAGAUGAUCCUUAUCAUCGUGGGGAGCAUUGCUGCCAUCAUCAUUAUCGGCAUGGCAAUUGCAUUGAUUGUACUGAGAACAAAGAGUAAAAAGAAUAAUAUUGAAGAACAGAACUUGAUUGAGAACGACUUUCAGAAUCUGAGGCUGCAGCAGACAACAGGCUUCUCCAAUCCAGGAGCUGAAGGGAGCCUCUUUCCUAAAAUCAGGGCAAACACCACCAGCCAGCCACAGAAUCCCUACACAAACCAGAGCCGCUUACCCUACCCUGAUUAUUAGAAUGUUAAAAGAAAAAAAAAAGAAAGCAUCCAUGCCCUCAAACCAGUAUAUAUGAUCUUCUAUUUUGAAUUGUUGAAGCCCUUGUGGAGAAGUGAGCAGCUGUGAAGAUCUGGUCUUUGGUAUUUCUCUUGUGUCCAACAUCGAUCCUCUCUGAAUGGAAGUUGUGAAUGUUUGCAAUGAAUAUAAUUUGUCAGCUAAGCCCUUCUGAGAUUAUGUGUACA